CUGUCUGCGCGCGGUUGACUCAGCUGUUGUUGAACGUAACUGUGCUUGCGCGAACAUUUCCUGCCCGAGUGUUCAAUAUGCAAUAACGCGAUAGAAAUGAUAGCGCGGUAGUCCCAUCGUCGGUAGAGUCUCGUGUCAACAGUAGGCCAAAUACUUCAGCGUUCUUUUAUUAAAAUGUCCGCGUAAAGUCAGCUGCUGAAUCAUGAAGCUGACGCUAGCUUUCGCGCUCUUCGCGUUCAUCUUGGACUCUACACGUCAGCAAGGAGCAGGGCAGGCCAACGACAGCUCGCUUGUUUUGCUCCAAGUGGUUUACAGACAUGGGGACAGGACUCCGAUUAGAACCUUCAAAAAUGACCCUAUUCCCAUCACAGCCUGGAAAGAGGGCCCUGGGCAACUGACCAAGGUUGGAUGUCUGCAGCAUUAUACCCUGGGAAGCCGUCUGAGGUCACGUUAUGCAAACUUCCUUACAGGAAACCCUCACAAGCUCCGUGUCUGGAGCUCGGACAAGGAUCGGUGCCUGGCAAGUGCCCAGUGCCAUUUGGCUGGAUUUGCUGUGCCUUCUGCGGACUGGGCCUGGAACCAGACUUUCCAUUGGCAGCCUGUUGCCAUACAUACGCGUCCAACUUUUGAAGACGGGAUGCUUGUUCCAGGAGAUGCUUAUUGCCCUGAAGCCACUGCUGAAGAGGAGCGAGUGAAGAAUUCUCCUGAAGGGCAGGCUUUCCUCAAGAAAUAUCACAAAUUUUAUGAAAUGCUUACCGAAAAAACUGGAAAUAUUAUUGCGGACUGGUACGAUGCUGAAUAUGUAUACGACGCUCUUCUGAUUGAGCAAUACCAUAAUUAUACUGUGCCCAAGUGGGCUAAAGAUAUGUGGAAAGAUUUGAAGUACCAGAGCGACCAGAGUUUUGUCUUCCGCACCAAGACUCGUCUUCUGAAGCGACUGCGUGCAGGACUGCUAGCCGCCAAUAUGUCUGGUAACCUGGAGGCAGCAGCGCAAAACAUGUCGCAAUACAAGGUCUUCAUGUAUUCCACACAUGACACCGAAAUUUCAGCCAUUCUGGAUGCCCUGGGUGUGUUUGAUGGCCAUGCCCCGCCUUACUGCUCUUCCCUCGUGCUUGAGCUUUGGAAAAAUGGACCAGGCAAUUUCUCCGUGCGUGGGCUUGCGCUCAAUGCAUUCGACUUGGAACCUCAGCCUUUCCAUUUUCCCGGCUGUGGGGGCGAGUUUUGCGCCCUGGAGGAUUUCCUCAGCUUGGUCAAGAUGUACAUUCCAGAUGACUGGCGGCGAGAGUGCGGCCUCCGUCGAUCUUUCUUCCUCUCUGAUGGAGCGUUGGCAUUGGUGAUUGGGCAGAGCGCCAUACUGGCCAUUGUGGUGUUCAGCUGCACUGCCUACUGUCUUCUGCGGAGGCGCAAGACCCCAAAAAACGUGGUCGCUUACUCUCCACUUCCCACUGAAUUUACGACAACCAACUGAGCAGAUUUUAUGCAGAGGAAGAUUAUCAGAUAUGCGGAAACCUGUGUGUACCUUGCCUUGGCCACACGCAAGAUGGACAUUCUGUGGACUUUACACUCUUCCUUUACUUUGCCACUGUCAACUCAGAGGAUCCACUUGAAAGCUGGGCACGCACAAAGAAAACAUCAGGCCUACCAAUGAGCUACAUCCAUGCUACCAGCCCCCAUAACUGAGUGCGACUUUCAUAGCUAUGACGCACUUUCGGGAAACAGGUCUAAGUUGAUACGAAGUAUUGAACAUUUACAAUAAUACGUAUAGGAUGGGGAGGCUACAUACUAUCUGCUCUUUCACAUAUAUGUGCGAGCAAGUCAUGUGAACCACAAGACAACUUAUUAUGUGUGUAACUGUCCUCAAAAAGAGUCUAGUCGUGCAUAUACUGUAAGUAUUAUCUGGCAUGGCUCACUAUCUGCUGUUAUCAGCCCUAAAACCAGCAUGUGCAAACCAUCAUGGUAGUUUAGCAGGUAGGUGGUCACGCUGCUAAGCUUAAGGACUUUCGCAGGCUCCCAUAAACAUUCCUGAAAGGAUUAUUGAGACGUGGUCAGCAUUUAUGUACACAACCGUCGUAAUUUACUGAACUGAACUUCAGAAAUGAAAUCGUGGUCCAUAGAUUCUAUUAGACGUGUGAUAAUAUUUUAGCCUUAAUUGAGUAUUCUCCCUCUAACGAUGGGUGUUCUGGCAGAGUUUAGGCACUUUUAAUACUCUGCUAGUUAUUAGGUGGUGAUGUUAAACACUAUGUGCUUGCACCAGGCCAUUCAAAUGUCUGGCAUGUGCUCUUCGGUGAAACCUUAUUGGGUGCACAUGGUUCGACGUAGAACUUUCUUUUCCAUUUUUUAUGGUGGUCUCGUGAUAGGUUGUUACGUUACAUUGUGAAAAUUGUUGUACAUAUUACUUUCCUGGUAUUGCUCAAGCCAAACUUAGUUUUUGCCGGUGAAGAGCACUUAUAAGUCGACGUAAGUUUAGAGCACAGUUGUCAGGGGGUCAUAUUUUCAGCAUUGUAAUUAACUGUGAACCUGUUCUGCAGUUGUAUGGUACUUUAUCUUAAAUACUUUUCUAAGGCAACUUACAAAUUGUUAGUUUGUGACAAUUUGAAGCAUGCCUAUAUUACACGGCAGAACUAGCAUGGGCAUUAAUUAAUGUAUUCCACAUUCAACGCACAAAACAUAACUCUUUUUAUCGGCCUUGAAUUUGUAUUGUGGAACUUUUGAACUUUUAUUAAAGUGUUAAAAAAAAUU